AUGCACGAAGCUCGACACGGUGCUCGAUUCGGCGUGGCAGGGCUCAACGCGGAAUCGCUGACGUGCGACUGGCAGAAAGUGAAAAAUCAUGUGAAGUCCUGCCAGGAGCACAUCUACAAUCAGGACGACAGCCCCGAAAUUCUGGAAGCUGCUGGUGUGGAAGUACGCCUGGGCGUUCAUGCUUCCUUUGUGGAUGCGAAGACGCUGCAGUUGGCGACGGUGGAAAACACGACUCCUGGAGGAACGGAGCUCGUUACUGCCAACCACUUCAUCAUCGCCACAGGUGCGGGCCCAGUGAUACCACCUCUCAAGGGCCUCGAAGCUGUGAAGUAUGCCACAUACGAGACGAUCUUCGAUUUGCCGGAGUUUCCAUCGAGCCUGGCGGUAAUCGGAGGAGGCCCAAUCGGCAGCGAGCUUGCUCAGGCUUUUGCCCGGUUGGGGUGCAAGGUGACGCUGGUGGGCAAGAUGAUGCCGCGCGAAGAUGAUGAUGUGCGCCACGUCAUGUCGCAGGUCUUCGAAAAGGACGGUAUCGUGGUAGUCGAGGGUCGGGCAGAGUCGGUGGAGCCAACCGCUGGCGGCAUCGUCCUUCGUGCUGGCGGUAGAUCCUUGACCUGUGCCGGACUCCUACUGGCAGCGGGCCGCAGGCCCAAAGGUCUCGAUGCCAUGAGCUUGGACCGUGCAGGCGUAAAAUGGACCCAAAACGGGAUUUCCGUGGAUGCGAAGCUUCGGACGUCUGCGAAGCACAUUUAUGCAGUUGGAGACUGCCUGGGUGGCCUUCAGUUCACCCAUCUGGCCGGCUACCAGGGUGCUCUGGCGGCCUUCAACGCCGUGCAGCCAAUCUCGCUGGCAGGGCCUGGAAACCCGGCAGUUCCGCGCUGCACCUUUACUCACCCAGAAGUGGCCACCGUGGGCUUGACCAUGAAGGAGGCGGCAGAUGCGCACGGAAUCGACAAAGUCUCGGCGAAGAUGCGCAUGCUGUCGCACGUUGACCGCGCAGUUUGCGAAGGCGAGACAGAAGGCUUCAUUAAGAUCAUUGUGGGCAGCGGUGGCAUGAUUCUCGGAGCCACUGUGGUGGCGCCAGCAGCGGGCGACGUAGCGCAGGAACUCGGACUGGCUGUGGCACAGAGGUUGACCUUGAGAUCGGUCUCCACCUGCAUCCACUCCUACCCUGCCAUGAGUUUCGCAAUUCAGCAGAUGGCCGCAGAUCACGUGUAUGAGAGCCUAGAGAAGAGCAGUGCGCUCUCCUGCCUUCGAUGUCUCUGCGGCCCAAAGUUGAGCGGCAUCAAGCCAAGCUCUAGCAGGGACGAGAGCUCCUAA